AUGACUUCCCACACAUUUCGUUUCUCAGACCUUUACGUUCUCACUAUCUUUACAUUCUUUCAUUAUUCUUUAUGUAUCGAAUACGAGAAAACCGCACUUCUGGAGUUCAAGAAAGACCUCAUCGAUGAUGCCAACCUCCUCUCUUCCUGGAACAAUAGCAACGGAGAUUGCUGCAAAUGGUACGGCAUAACCUGCAACAACCAAACGGGUCGGGUUACCGAGAUCCGACUUCGUGGGUCCGACGACAUGGCUGAUUUUGACAACCAAGACGCAUCGGUACAGAAGCUCGGAGGGAACCUCAACCCCUCCUUGCAGAAUUUGACCUCGCUCGAGUAUCUAGACUUGAGUUCUAACGAUUUUGGCGGGAACCCGAUUCCGACCUACAUCGGGUCGCUCCGAAACUUGACGUAUCUGAAUCUUUCCGACUCAAGUUUUUCCGGCGAGAUCCCGACUCAACUCGGGAACCUAUCUGCAUUACGUGUGCUCAGUGUCCACCGGAAUCUUUAUAGUGACGACCAGUAUGAGCUGACGGUGGAGAGUUUGCGGUGGUUGUCGGGUGUUUCACGGUUGCGCCACCUUGACCUGAGCGGAGUUCAGGUCGGCCGAGUGUUCGAUUGGUCACAGGUGACUCGAACCCUCCUCCCUUCUUCUCUUGAACAACUGCAUUUAUCGAAUUGUGGACUUCCUCCUAUCACGCCUAAUUUAACCAUCAAUCUUAGUUUGCUUUCAGUGCUUGAUCUUUCUUUUAACAAUUUCAGUACUAACUCCAUACCUAGUUGGAUUUCUAGUUUUCGGAGUCUUGUUUCCUUAAACCUUGCUAAUUGUGAAUUCAAAGAAAACAUCUGUAACUUGAGGGAAAUCAGUCUUUCAUGGAACAAAUUUGAUGGGAAAAAUCUAUCAGAGGUCCUCUCAAGUUGGUUCCAAUGCGAAUCAUCUAAACUCGAGUCUCUAAGGUUUGUCGGGAGUGGGCUUUCUGGUAAUUUACCACCACAACUUGGAAACCUGAAGAACUUGGUUCAUAUCGAUCUUAACAGGAAUUCCAUUUCGGGGUCAAUUCCAGAUUCUUUAGGAAAUUUAUCAUCUUUACAAACCCUACAACUCGGGCGUAAUUCCAUUUCGGGCACACUUCCUGACUCCAUAGGAAGAUUAUCAACAUUGGUAACGAUGUAUCUUUCUUCCAAUUUGAUUUCUGGCCCAUUGCCCGAUUCUUUAGGAAGAUUGUCAUCAUUGGUGGACUUAGAUCUUUCGUAUAAUGAAAUCAAUGGAACUCUUCCUCAAAGUAUUGGCCAACUUACGAACCUGACAAGCCUAAACAUCGAACAAAACUUUUUAAGCGGUGUUGUAACUGAAGAUCAUUUUGCUAAUCUCACAAGCCUAAUCACUUUACGAGCAAGUGCAAAUACGUUAAGAUUCGAGUUAUUAGAUAAUAACUGGAAACCACCUUUUCAACUCCAAAUAUUGAACUUAAAUUCAUGGAGUUUAGGCCCAAAUUUCCCUCAUUGGCUUCAAAACCAGACGGAUCUGUCCAUCUUGUAUCUUGCAAGCACCGGGAUUUCGGAUGACAUUCCUAGUUGGUUCUGGAAUUCGUUUUCGGGUUUGCAGUAUUUGAAUAUCUCAGAUAAUAAUUUCUCAUCGAUGUCUGUGGAUGAUUUCUUUUGUUCUAAUGAAGAACAGAAACAGGUUAUAUACUUGAAUAUGGGGAAUGCUAAUAUUUCCGGUGUUCUUCCUGAUUGCUUUUCUACCUGGGAGUUUCUGAAUAUCUUCAGCAUCCAGAACAAUAAUUUCUCCGGCAAACUUCCAGUAUCUUUGGCGAAUUUAUCAUCUUUAGAGUCGUUAAACAUGCGGAACAACAAGCUCUCAGGAGAAUUACCUGUAAAUCUAAUGAAUUCCAAGAGUUUACUCAUCAUUGACCUCACAGAAAACGAAUUCACCGGAAGCAUACCGAUACCAAUCGGUGAUGAAGCUACAACUUUGAGGCUUCUCAACCUCCGUUCAAACAGAUUCAAUGGUGAAAUCCCGGAUGAAAUCUGUAGACUUGAUUCUAUCCAGAUUCUGGACCUUGCUGACAACAAUCUUUCUGGAAGAAUACCAAACUGUUUCAACAAUUUUAGUGUCAUGACCGGAAAAGUUGACCCAAGUCAGAUUGUGGGGCUCGCCGGAGAUGAAUUUAGGGGAAAUGCUUGGUUGAUGAUGAAGGGGAGGGUGAAUGGGUAUGGGAGCAUUCUUGGUUUAUUGACGAUUUUGGAUCUUUCGGGAAACGAUUUAUCCGGGGAUAUUCCGAUUGAAAUUACACAGCUGGUGGAGUUAAGAUCGUUGAAUCUUUCAGUUAAUGGUUUGACUGGAAAGAUCCCAGUGAAUAUGGGUGACAUGAAGAUGUUGGAAGCUCUUGAUUUGUCUCGGAAUCGGCUUGAUGGGAUUGUUCCUUUAAGCAUGUCAAGAUUGAGUUUCUUGAAUUCGUUGAAUUUGUCUUACAAUGAAUUGACGGGAAGAAUUCCGUUGAGUGGUCAGCUUCAGACCUUUGAGGAAUGGAGCUUUGUUGGGAACAGACUGUGUGGACCUCCGGUGAGAUUAAUGUGUGAAAGACAGGGUGAGGGUGAGGAUGAUGCCGGUGAAGAAGAAGAAGGUGACGGUGGCUCCGAUGGCCCAGAGUGGGGACUUAUUACAAGCAUAGUGGUGGGGUUUGUGGUUGGAUUUUGGGUUGUGGUGGGUCCGUUGAUUGGUAGCAACUCAUGGAGGACCAAGUAUUUUGAGUUUCUUUAUGAUAUUUGGUGUAAGUUUUGUGUUUGCAUGCCCAAAAAGAAAAACUCUUCCAACAAGAGGUUUCGUAGAUAG